AUGAUUGGCCCCCAGGUGUAUCCUAGUCCGGGGGCGGCGCGCGGCGUCUGGGCGCUGCCGCAGCCGCCCCCCUGCUCGAUGGCAGCGGAGGAGCCCCUGCCGCCGUGCUCACCCAUGUCGCCUGACGCACCCGCAGCACCGCCACGUGCUAUUACCAGCCUAUAUCACCAUUCCGAUUUACACCAGCUGAUAUUUGAAGCCGUGCGCUCAGGGUAACAACAUGUGAUAAUCUUAUACGACAAUACUUAGCUUUGCACGUUCUAGAGCCCGAUUUUGGAUUCGAACCCAAUAGCUUUUCUCAAUCUAGGUGACUGUUAUAACUCUUUAUAUAGCCCGAAGACUUAUUUUCAUCAAUAUUCAGGUAAUUUACUCCACGAAUCAAUAAGUAUAAAUAUAAAUAUAGUACGCGAGGUAUCAGAAAUAGAACGUUUGGUGGAGAAGUUGGGUGUGGAAGUGCUCAGUGCACGGGACCAGCAUGGAUACACGCCAGCACACUGGGCCGCUUUAGAUGGCAGCGUUGCGGUCAUGCGAUACCUUGUAGAGAGGGGUGCUCCUAUCGACCUAUCCUGUCUUGGAACACAGGGACCACGUCCGAUCCAUUGGGCGUGCCGAAAAGGUCAUGCAUCUGUUGUACAAGUAUUGCUGCAAUCAGGUGUAGCAGUUAAUGCAGCUGAUUUUAAAGCAACGGCUGCUUAUUUGUUGGGAAUGGGGGCGGCGACACGACUCUCUGACAUCAAUGGCGACACGGCCCUUCAUUGGGCAGCAUACAAAGGGCAUGCAGAUCUAGUUCGUCUGUUGAUCUACUCCGGUGUUCCUUUACACUGCACUGACAAUUUUGGUUCCACACCUUUGCAUCUGGCAUGUUUAUCAGGCAAUCUUACGUGCGUCAGGCUUUUAUGUGAGAAGGUAAAGGCAGAAUUAGAGCCACGUGACAAAAAUGGCAAAACACCGUUAAUGCUAGCUCAGAGUCAUCGUCACGCAGAAGUAGUGAAGUUACUGCAAAAAGAAAUGAAAAGGAAGUCACACUGGAUGCCUCCGCUGUCUGAACUGUGGGCUUUACUGUUUGGAGGAGCAGGCGACUCAAAAGGGCCUCUGUUGUUCUUCUUAGUUUCCGUCUUAUUGUGGGGUUAUCCCAUGUACAUAAUCAGGUGUAUACCGCUUACUUGGAACACAUUGCGGUUGUCACAUUAUUGUUUCCUCUAUUGGAAUAUUAUUAUGUGGCUCAGCUGGGUGACUGCUAAUCGCCGCGAUCCUGGAUAUAUACCCCAAAACUCGGAAACCUACUAUCGGGCAAUCAGACAGAUACCUUAUUACGAUAAAUGGAAGAAAAGGAAUGUCGUCCUCUCAAGACUUUGUCACACGUGUCGUUGUUUAAGACCGUUAAGGGCGAAGCAUUGUCGCAUCUGCAAACGGUGUGUAGCAUACUUUGACCACCAUUGCCCAUUUAUUUACAACUGCGUUGGAGUACGUAACCGCAUGUGGUUUUUCCUGUUCGUGAUGAGCGUAGCAAUUAAUUGCACACUGUCCAUUUAUUUCGCCUGUUAUUGUCUCCUGCUGGAAGGGUUCGGGUUAUGGUACGCUCUGGGCUUACUGGAAGCUAUCACCUUCUGUGCCCUCGGCUGGAUACUCACAUGUACCUCUAUCCUGCACGCCUGCAUGAAUUUGACUACAAACGAGAUGUUCAAUUAUAAGAGGUAUCCUUACCUCAGAGAUAAGAGGGGACGUUACCAGAAUCCGUUCUCCAGAGGGCCAAUAAUGAACCUGAUUGAAUUUUUCGUUUGCCUUCCCGAUAAAUGCGACGAACAAGACUUUUUACACGAAGAGACUAUAUGAUGCGAAACUCGGUGACCUAAUGACACAAUAUCAUCUCCAAACGGCAAUCGGAAGAAUAUGGUGUUGUGGUUAAGUCCAAUGCAAUGUAAUGCUACAGUGUAAAUCAGAAAUAAAAGAUUUUGCUCGGUCAUCUCAGUGUUGGUGAACAACUGUAGUGUCCAUGAGUCACACUCAUAACAACGUUGCCUUGGCAGAGGGCCGUAAAGUAGAUGCCGUUGCACAAAGGCGUCCCUUAGUGUGGAAAAAACAAAGGCGGGAGAAGGAUAUGUUACCAUACUUUUUGCAUU